AUGUCAGCGUUGGAUUUAAUUUCACACCAGCCAAAGGACGAAAAUGUGAGGACUCUUCUUAUCUUCAACCCUGAUAUUCCAACAAAAGAAGGAGAAGAUGAGAAGAAGAUGUUAUACUGUAAUAGCAACCAAACGCAUUACUCAGACAUAGCCAAUUUGGGGCUUUUUCAAACACUAAUUGGCUUCUUCUCACAAUUCUCAAAGCCAUUAACCACAGUUAAUAUGAAAAAGACAAAGACGUUUUUGUAUUCCCCCGAACCUUCUUUUUGGGUGAGUUACACGAUUUCCGCAAACGUUCCAGCAAUCGAUGAGACGGGUGUUGAAUUUCUCAAAUUUCUAUGCGACACGUUCAUCUUCCUCAACGGGUCUUUUACAACACAACACAAUACUUUAACCCCCGAUCUCUUUGCUUUACGACUCAAAAAGUUCUUUGACAAUGUCCUUCCUGAGAACCCUAAAGAUGUAUUAACUUCUCCAGGUAAAUUUGCGGGCGUUCAAUACAAUUCUAUUGGGAAAUUACCAAUGACGCGACUUAUUAAUGUCAUGGAAGAUAUUAAAGCAAGGUUCCCGUGUAUUACCGACUUUACACUCUUCGAUAACAUGAGCUUCUUAAGUACAACCCUUUCAUACGAACUUCAAAGUACUUUGUACAACGUGUUCACAGUCAUCCGAGAAGGUUCGAUGGAUAUUGGGAAACGAUUUAGUUCGUUACGAACGGCGAAUGACGAGCGACGAAUUGUCUUUGGGGUACCCGACGAGCGCUCGAAGAGUAAAAGUUAUUUAAGUGCGACGCAAGAUAUUUUGAAUAGUUCUGUGUAUAUUAAAGAUGAAGAGAAGAAGUGGAUAGUGUAUGAGCACAAGAGAUUCUUCUUUCAUUUCUUCUUGUCUCCGGAGAACACGGAAGUCCUCAAGUUUUUAACGUUUUUAAAUAGCGAAAUGCCGGACGUGGUAGAACGCAUUUGGUCGGACGACUUUGUGAAAGAGAAGAAGAGUGUGAUGCCGAACACCAAUUUGUUCUACUUCAAUGUGACAACAUAUGUGAAACAUGGAGCUUUGUCAUUCUUUGAUAGAAACGAUAUCAUGAAAAUGGUAUCGUUUGUCGAUUUAACAAAGAACGGAGUCAGCGAAUUCUAUAUCAAAGGAGAAAACGGGAAGUGGGUUGUCUACUUGAAUAUCGGAGGGAAGGUUGUGAAGAUGGUCAGACAACUGAACAACAAUUCGAACAUCUCCAAUGCAUACGGAGACGUUAAAAGUUAUAUCAACCAGACGUUUAAGAACAUUCUGUACUAA